UAAUUAUUUUUUGUUGUUGUUGUUGAUAAUUAUGUCUAUAAUUUGUUGCAAUUGUUGUAAUGAAAUUAGUUUUGUAUUAAUUAGUUUGUGAUAAUUGCUGUCCCAAUAAAAAAAACUCGUUGAUGAUAAUGGCCACCAAAAAUGUGGAUCAAAUGUUUAGUUUGGCUGAACAUUACUUCGAGUUGUCUCAAAACGAUUGGACACAAUUGCGGUCUAAAGAUAGUAAAGAUGGCAAACACGGCAGCAAUCAAAACAAGUCGAUUGAUGACCGACUACUGGAUCUAAUGCUCGAAGAUAAACAUAAGGCUAACAAACAAAAACAGAAUCUUACCAUUGGUUCAUUCAUAUUGAAGAAAUUGGUACUAAAAGAAAAGUUAAACCACUUUGUAGUCUGUCUUUACAGUGCGUCUGAAGGCUAUUCAAUUGGUCUAAAGUUAGCCGAUUCUGACGGACUCAUUGAGACAAUGCGUUUGCCAUACGAUGAGUACCAGCUUUUGGAUUACAUCGACAACGAAGAGUUGCCGCCGUUUUUGGUUGAUUUUAUCGAAUCGUCUCCACUAAUCAAUUGUAAUUUAUUUCAAAGCGGUUGUCUUAUAUUUGAAGUGCGAGACUUCCGGCGAUCGGCUCCGUCUCAUUCACACCACUACUCAUCUCAUUGGGUACUUCUGAGACCAACUACACAAAGUCUUACCAACGAUAUAUUGUCGAUAAUAAAUAAUUCAAGCGAUGAAUAUUAUUGGACUAAUGAGGACAAAGCUGAACUGGAGUCACAACUUUUAAUGGCCACCACUUCAAGCUUAUGUCUUGAUCCGAGUCCUGCAGUGGCCAUACUUUCAAACAAAUUGUGGCGAAAGAAACGAUUGUUUAGAGACGGCUCUAUAUUGAAAUUGUCUAAGAAGUGUUCACAACUGGCCUCCAAUCGGCAGAAAAAGUUUGACUCAUUGCCUGCACCACCGAGUCUUCGAUUGCAUGAGUUUCUGAAGAAACGCAAUACUAAAACCAAUUCACAUUCAAAAGUCAACAAACCUAUUCACGUCAAUAUUAAUGAGCCAAUUGUUGAAUCGAUUCCCGUUAAGGAUAUAGAUGUCCACAAAUUUGCCAAAGAAUUGCCGAAACCAUUAAGAGUGGCCGAUAAUUCAUUGAUUAAAGUUGAAGAAUAUUCAAUGGAUUUUAUUGACGACAAUCGACGGUCUCUGACAAACGUUACUAUUUUGCAUCGACCUAUCGAUGAUACAUAUUUUGGUCAAUUAUUCAUCGAUAGACAGGGACAUAUCCGAGGCUCAACAUCCACAUUUUGUUUGGGAACAAAACAAUCAACAAAACGAUAUGUGGAACAGUUUACCGAAAUACUCACUGAAAAUGGCCGAAAAUCAGUCAAAAUUGUUCACCAAAUUGCUGGUCAGGUACCGCAAGUUAGCUACACUUCAGCAGCGGCAGCUCAAGGAAUUGCUGUAAAUGCUAUUCCUCCUAAUAAGGAGGCGCCUGUUGAAGAAGAAAAUACUAUAGCCAUCAGGGCUACGCCUCCUAAAAAACCCAAAUUAGUGACAGUAGUAGAGCAAAGUCCGCCCAUUCAGAACACAACUACAAUACUGCAGAGCCAUAUCAUAUCUCCCACAAUACAAACUGUACCAUCGGUUGCGCCAAAACCUGUCGAAACAACAAUACAAACCAUACCAACAGUGUUUUCUGCGCCAAACAAAAUAACGACUGACACGCAAAUAGCCACCCCUUUGCUUACAACUGGCAUUCACGCGACUACAACCACAGCUACUAUUCCCGAAUCGGCGCUUACAGUCAUUUUUACUCCCACUUCGGGAAUCGCUAAAAGUAUUCAACAAAUCGAGUGUACAACUGAUGGCAAUCAUCAGUCCAUAACUACAUCAACUCCAUUACCUACUGGUGUAAGUUUGGCGAGUCUUAGUUUAGCGCCAGUACAGCAAAAUCUACGUUUGCAUAAUUUGGUAUCUUUAACACCGGGAGGACUAGCGGUUCCCAUAUCUCUAACAAUGAUGCCAACAGCGUCUGGCACACAAUCAUCUAUAAUGACAAGCGCCGGAUCAAUGAUUGUCAGUCUUGAUCAUACAGGACAACAUAAAGAAGAUAAUGUUACGGUCACAUACGCUGCCGCUCCUACCACUGUUCUUAUGUCUACCGGAGCACCCGGUAGUAAUGUAGUGUCGGUUCCCAUAGGAAUGGCCGGCAGUUUAGGUGUUCAACAUUUGAAUGCACAGAUUAUUAAUCAACUAAAACAAAACACUGGCCAAAUUCGUACGGCCGGACCAACUCAGGUAUCACUUUUGCAGAUGAGUAAUACAUCAACUGUUCCAUUGUUGCGACCAUUAGCGCCGCAUACAUACGCCCCGUCGUCGUCAAACACAACGUUUACCACAAUUCAGUCGAUUCCACACUCGACGCCAACAUUGGCCGCACAACAACACUUCACGAAUGCCCUCAGAAAACAAGUACAACAAACACAACAAAUAGCGCCACAAAAACCACAGAGAAAGAGACAGACAAAGAAGUAAUGGAUAUCUAAUAUUGAAUUCAUUAUCAUAUAAUUUAUAGUUUAUUUCUU